AUGUGGACUCGCUCUCGCUUGUGCCAGUUUGGUGGUGGAUAUGGGGUGUUCCCAAGACCUCCCUGGAGCAGCUUGACAUCCAACAGCAGAGUGUCGAGCAAUUCCAUCCGGAGACAGAGAUUCUGGACCAAAGCUAGAAUCCAAAAGGCAGUGUCAUUUUCAGGAGUUGCAAUAUCAACAUGGGCACGACACUUCGCAUGCAGCCGGAUGGCGAAAACAAGAGAUUCCAAGCAGAGCCGAUCACAAUCAAACAGUUUGCAAGUCUCAGCAUGUCACAGGAGCUUUGAGGGUACAGUUUUUCGAUGUACUCACCGAUCUGAAGCUUUGGGGGGCUUGGACGCCCACUUUAGCGUAUAUGUCCCAGAUGCUCCUCAAAUGCACAUGACCCUGCCGUACCCAAAGAAAUGCGAUGAUUUUCCGGUUCUACUGUUUCUCUCUGACAUGGGAUGCAGUGAUCUCGACGUUCUGCAACAAGGAAAUGUGCUUGAGCAUUGCUCUUCAUGCGGUUUGAUCCUGGUGUCAGCAGACACAUCUCCACGUGGUCUUGCAGAUUCAGAUGGCCACAAGCAUGGUGUUGGUAUUGGAGCCAGCCACUAUGUGGAUGCUACUGAGGCACCAUGGAAUCAGCACUACAGGAUGCGAGACUACCUUGAAAACGAGCUGCUGGAGAUCGUGCACGCACAUUUUCCAACGUGCGGAUCAGAAGGGGUUUCAGUCAUGGGGCAUGGUAUGGGCGGCAUGGGGGCUUUGUCUUUGGCUCUUCGAAGUCCAUCCGCCUUUCGUUCUGUCUCGGCCAUGGCUCCCACUUCGCACCCCACCACAACCGAAAUCACUCGAACAGCCUUCACGACAUACCUUGGCAAAGAUGAGAAGAACUGGACAACCUAUGAUCCUGUUUUGCUGAUGCUAAACUAUGAGAGCCGACGAGCUCCACCUCCAAUUCUGCUGGAUGUGGGCUUUGAAGAGACGACAAGCUAUGUUGAAGAUGUAGUCAAGCCCUUUGAUUUUGUGAAUGCUUGCCACACCAAGCGCGUCCCAGUUGACUUCAGAUUGAGAGCUGGGUUUGAUCACAGUUUCUUUUUUGUGGCAUCUGUCAUGGAGGAACAUGUUGACUUUCACUCAAAACACUUGGAUGACCUGUAG